AUGAACAGUCUUUUAGCUAAACCACCGAAUGGUGGUGCCUCCGAUCCAUACGGAGGGAGUGGUGGCUUGUUUUCUCAUACAAUAACCAACUCGAGAGUUUUUGGAACUCAGCAACAACAACAACCAACUUUUGUACCAGUGGAAACACCUGGUCCAAGUCUUCUAUUAGCCGUCAGAAUUAUGGAUGGCCUUUUUGUUGGAAAUUCUAUUGCCGCCCAAGAUGACGAAUUUCUAUUUUCAAACAAAGUUAGUCAUAUUGUAAAUUGCGCCGGUUUGGAGGCAGCUAACAUAUUUGCAGAGCAUGGCGUCGAGUAUCUGACUUUCCCAUGGAGGGAUGUACCAACUACAGUACUUUUGGACAGUAGAGAUAGAAAUAUUACUCGAGUUUCAAAUUUUAUUGACCAAGCCUUCGAAAAGGGAGAAUGUGUACUCGUUCAAUCACUCCACGGAAACUCAAGAUCAUGUGUCAUUAUUGCUGCAUACUUUAUUUUUAAAUAUGGCUGGUCUUUGGAAAGCACUCUUGCUUUCAUGCAAGUAGCUCAUCCAGAUAUGCGAAUUAAGAACUACUUUCUUAGGCAACUCAAAGAUUUUGCACGAAAAAACAAUGCAAACAAAGAUAUAUUCUCAGUAGAUUUACCGUGUAAUACUGAAGAGGAAAUUCAUCAAAUGUUGUUAAAAAACACUUACCUCAAUAGCUUACCCUUGACAGAACCGUUACCACCUCCUCCAAAGAAAAUCUCUAGGAAAAAAUUGACGAUUUCGCUAAGAGAAGAACCCCCUGGAAGUAGACACCUUGUCUCCACGAUCGAUCCAAAAACAAAAGAAAAGGUUCCAAUCAAAGGCAUCCUGAGGGUAAAACUUGUACUCCAAUAUCAGAUGCCAUCACAAACUUCUUUACAAGCAUCUCAAAAUUCAACUGUCUCUAUCCCAACAACAAGGAAUGAAGUUCCACUCCCAACAGAGUCUGAUUCUACUCAAUCCCAAAUGCAAACAAUAGAAAUUGUUAAAGAGCAAAAACCACAAGAAGUACCGAGGAUAAUGGACUCUAAACCACGAAGUCUUUCACUCAUUGAUCCAGAAACAAACUCGCUUGAUGAUUCACAAGACAAUGACGGAUUGCAAAUUUUAACACAGGUUGAGCAAAAGAGUUCGACUUCAAACAAUUCAUUAUUUACACCUGUAACAAAAACCACCACAACGGCAAGUUCUACAACAAAGACAACCACAGUACCACAACCAGUUACAACAUCAGAGUCGAAAACAACAUUUAAGGAUACAAUAUCUGAUACUAUUUCAGAGCUAAGCUCUGUUUCAAGCUUUGAUGAAGAGGAGUUGAAAAAGAGGCGAAAGAAAAAACCAACUUCGCAGUCAACAACCACAGUUGCUUCCCAAUCUAACAGAAAGCGACCAAACUCGUUCUCAACAACCUCAGUAGGAGCCAAACCUCAAAACACUCCAGUUGUGCAUGCCCCAAUGAAAUUCAGAAAGCCCACUCCACCAAAGAGAAAUGAACCAAGCGAAGAAGAAUCAAGCAACGUCACUGUUUAUUCAACUUUUUCACAUAGAGCAUCUAAGAACGUGGAAGAAUCAUCGUUGUCAGCCAAUAACUAUGCUUACACAGGCUCACUUGCCACAGACACUCCUCUUUUCAUAAAAGCGGCACGAGACAAGCGGUCCAUGUCACCAGGUGUUACAAAAACAACAAAUUCACGCCCCAAUUCAUCUACCCUACUUCAACCUACAAUUAGCAGUACACUUAAGAAUGAUCCUCUUUCCACAAAGAAACGACCUUCGUCAGCACCUAAAAGCAGACCAAAGGAGGAGGAACAAGAAAACACCAUUUACACCAACGUGGCGGAACGCAGUGCAUUAAGAUCUAGCUUUACUGCUCCCAAUAGUUUGUCAAAGCCCUUAUUAACUUCCACAGACCUUUCAUCAUCUCUUCCAAAACGAAUUAAUUCAACCACAACCAGAAACGAUCCAUCAGGGUCAAGUGGGAAUCGAUUACUACGACCUACUCUCAGUUUUUUAAGUAAAACGGUGAAAAAGACCUAG